UAUUAACCUCAAGUAAAAUAGUUCACUUAAAACCCUUUGUACUGAAGGACUAAGUAGUUUGUAUUUUAGGACCAAAAAGUUCUCGUGAAAUUGUUGUCAUUUGACAACCAAAAAGUAUUUAUUGGCAUUCGAUAUUUGGAUUUGAAGUGAUUCCAAAUAGUUUUCAUUAUAUUCGAAAUUUAAAUUUAAAGUGAUUGUAUCGAAAGUUUCCGUGAGAUAAAAAGUGUAUUCUGAAGGUCAUUUAACUUUUUAAGUACCAACAGAAGACCAAAAGGACCAAAAAUGACUUUGCGUCGAAUGGUCAACGACUCCGUCCAUUGGUUCGUGGGAGAACUAACCUCAAGAAUAGUAGCCGAGUCUGGGAUACCUACAGACAGAUACCACCUCGGCAAGAUCUUACUGCAAAGCUUUAAGGAUGCACCGGAUUUUGUACUGCAGAUCGACGGAGCUACGGGAGAAUCAGAAACCUACGGUUCAGCUCUAGAAAGAACCGUUCGAUGUGCCACCUGCUUCAAGAACCUGGGUCUUGGACAUGGAGACGUGGUGAUACUCAUGGCACCCAAUCAUUUGGAUGUAGCUAUACCGUUGUAUGCUGCUCUGUAUCUGGGGAUCAUUGUGGCAGCUGUGGACAGGACUUUGACUAUAAAUGAACUGCAACAAACCUUCGCCUUCUCAAAACCGAAAGCGAUAUUCUGCCAAAGCGACAGAGCGUCUGAUAUCCAACUUACUCUGAACAACUUGAACUUAGAUGCUCAGAUUAUCAGCUUUGAUAAAGGAGACUACCUCUGCAGCUUCAAGGAUUUUAUGGCCAAUUAUGGAGAUGACUUGCCUGUGGAUGAAUUCAAAUGUGCAGACUUUGACCCUGAAGAAUCACCAGCAUUUCUGAUAGCUACCAGUGGUACAACAGGUCUGCCCAAAGCUGCUGCUGUCACUCACAAGAAUUUUGCUAUCAUAACACCUUAUGUUUGGGCCAGAUACACUAAAUUCCCAACACCAACACGCUUGGCCCUGAUUGGCUCACCGCUGCAGUGGUUGACAGCGCUGCUGAACUUCAUCAUAUCACCGUUGUUGAGGUUCCAAAGGCUGCAAACGUCUGAAAACAUGACGCAAGAACAUGCUUAUGAGCUGAUUAAUAAAUACAAGCCAACGUAUACAAUCUUCAGCCCCACAAUGAUGACGACUCUCAUAAAGCCUGAUGACAGAGAUCGAUGUGACUUCACAUGCUUGGAACUCCUCAUGUUAGGUGGAAGUGCUGUUCCUCAAGAUCUUGUUGAUGAUCUCAAGAUGAUAUCACCAAAUACAGAAGUUGUGAAUGUAUAUGGCAUGAGUGAGCUGAGUGGUGUCGCGUUUCAUGGGGACGAUCCCGCCCCAGGGGCUUGUGGGAAACCCAUGGGAUGCUUUCAAUAUCGGAUAGUAAAUGUUGAAACAAUGGAAGAUAUUUAUGAACCUAACGUGCCAGGCGAGUUGUGGAUCAAAGGACCAACUGUUUUCAAGGAAUACUAUAACAAUCCGGAGGCUACAGAAGAAACAUUCGCUGAAGACCGGUGGUUCAAGACGGGAGAUAUGUUCUACAGAGAUGAGAACAGGAACUUCUUCUUCGUGGAGAGAAUCAAGUUACUGCUCAAAUAUAUGAGUAAUCAGAUAUCGCCAGUGGAAAUAGAAGCGGUUAUCCGGCAACACCCGGGCGUGUUAGACGUAGCUGUGACCGGAGUCCCGGAUGCCGCGUGUGGUGACCUACCUGUGGCUUGCGUUGUGCCACGCCCGGGAGCUGAACCUAGUGCUGAUGAGAUUAAGGAUCUGGUUAAAAAUACACUAUCAGACGCCAAACAGCUGAGAGGGGGCGUGAUAUUUGUCGACGCUAUACCAAUGACAGCAUCUACCAAAGUGCACAGGAGGAAACUAAAACAAAUGGCCUUAGAAAUGCCUAGAGAAUAGAUCUUAUUAAUUUUAUUCAGCACUUGUUUAGCCAAGAAAAUAUGGAGCACAUCAAGCUACUCGGUAGAAUAGUAAUUUUUUCCCAAUCAAUAUUGAACCUUAUUGUUUAGAGAUAAAGUUGAAAAUGUGUUAAGGAAAGACAUAUUCUUGCUUAUUUGACACACAUAUUAGAUGAAACUAUUCUUCUAGGUACUAGGUUGUUCAAAGAUACAUAUGUAGCUCUCAUUAUCCUCUGAGCCUUUUUCCCAACUAUGUUGGGGUCGGCUUCCAGUUUAACGGGAUUCAGCUGAAUACCAGUGCUUUACAAGGAGUGCCCUAGGCUUUCCCUUUCUACUAGGUUGUUCAAAAAUAUGUAGCUGUAUAGAAAAUUGUUUAGCAUUAGACGCUGUGACCAAUUUGGCUAUGAUUAGAAUCUCCCGAUAUUUAAUAAUAUGCUGUAGUAUAUAAUUUAGGUGUAGUAUUUUAUUUUUUAGAACUUACCUAAUUAAUUGAAAUCUACACUUCACGCUUUAUCGAAUUUUGUAAGUAUAGAUAACUAUUUUAGCAAAAAUAUUUAUAAUUAUAUAAUUGUUAACAAACGCUUAAAUAAAGUUUAUUCUAAUAGA